UUCGCCUGGCAGUGGCAGAGUGGCACACGUCUUCCUCACCUCCUCUCUCUCUCUCCAUCCACCACGGUCAUCCUCGCACGAACCCCUUUCAAAAAAAUUUAAGACCACGCCCCAGAUCACAUCGAAUUCACCACCACCGCCUCCCUCCCUCCGUGCUUUCAUUUUCUUUUCUCCCCUCGUGCGCCUCGUCACGAGCCGACAAGCCGCGGGCCGGGAGAGAUCGAUCGCGAUCGUCCCCAUCCAUGUCGACCUCGCGCAGGAGGACCCUCCUCAAGGUCAUCGUCCUGGGCGACAGCGGGGUCGGGAAGACGUCGCUGAUGAACCAAUAUGUUCACAACAAGUUUAGUCAGCAGUACAAAGCUACCAUUGGCGCGGAUUUCGUCACCAAGGAAGUCCUCAUUGAAGACAGGCUUGUCACAUUGCAGAUCUGGGACACCGCCGGGCAGGAGAGAUUCCAGAGUCUUGGUGUCGCAUUCUACAGAGGGGCAGAUUGUUGUGUGCUUGUUUAUGAUGUCAAUGUUAACAAGUCAUUUGAUACGCUCAACACAUGGCAUGAUGAGUUCCUCAAUCAGGCUAGCCCCUCAGAUCCCAAAACAUUCCCAUUCAUCCUACUUGGGAACAAGAUUGACGUAGAUGGUGGCAAAAGCAGGGUGGUUUCUGAGAAAAAAGCAAUGGAGUGGUGUUCUUCAAAAGGGAAUAUUCCUUAUUAUGAAACUUCUGCAAAAGAAGACUACAACGUCGAUGAAGCAUUUUUGUCUGUUGCAAAGCUUGCUCUAGAGCAUGAGCGUGACCAGGACAUCUACUUCCAAACAGUCGCAGAUCCUGUCCCCGAGACUGAACAGAGAGGCGGGUGUGCAUGCUAGCGAUUAGCCGUCUUUGUCCUUCCAGAUUUUGCCUACUGUGUGUGGUAUUAUUCUUUUUAAGUGAUGCUGGGCAUUCCUUUUGAGUUGACAAUGUACACUAGGGUGGCUAUGCAGCCACUCAAUUCACUUUUGUAACCCAUGUAAGAUAGUUAGCAACUAUGGUUUCGAUUCACGGAGUACUGAUGAGCAGCCUGCCCUGUUUCUUGAGUCGGCAAUAAGAGUGCACAGUGGUACUACUGAUACAAUUUGGGAUAUAUAUGGCCUAAGCCUCAAUUAUAUUCAUGCAGCGGUAACUUAUUGAUC